UCAGAAUGGAAAUACUUACUGCCGAAAGAGAGUGUACAUUUAAGCUUCCCGGUGUGAAGAAAGAAGACUCUGGGAAUUACACUUGUGUGUACUCAGAAGAUAAACAACCAGUUAAUACAGUGUCUGGUGUUGAGAAAAACGCCAUCUUCAUCCAAGUCACAGACUUUAUGAUGGCUCAAAUAUUUGUAAAAACACCUCAUGUAUUUGAGGGUGACAACGUGGAUGUGAAAUGCACUCAUUUCAAUGUCAAAACCCCGAAAAUACUUCAUGUGUACCUUUGCAAGGAUGGGAUUGGAGUCAGCGUGGCUGCAGCACAGACAGAGGAAGCCAGUUUUAAACUCAGACAAGUCAGCAAAGAAGACUCCGGGAAUUACAGCUGUGUGUACUCACUGAAGAAACAUGUCACUAGCAGCGUGACUUCGACAAGUUUCAAAAACUCUGUCAUCAUCCAGGUCACAGUAUUAACAGAUCAUGAGAGGGCUUCAAUAGAGAUGGAUGUCCAUCACUGGUGGGUGAAUGUCAUCAGACUCCUGUGUUCAGUUGGAGUGGUCAUUGCAGCUGUGGCCGUUCUAAUCAUUCAUAAUUUCUGCAGCAAAAGAAGACACACCAUUAAGAAGAAAUAGAGAAGUGCCAUGUGUGCAUGCCAACUAGGAGCAAAUGAUUCCCAUACAAUCCUGACACGAUCACAUUAACAAAUCAUGUACAAAUCAUGUACAAAUCAUGUAGUUUGCAUCAUGAGGACUUUAAUCUUCUGCAUUCAAAGAAAUAGAUCUGUAAAUGUUCAUAAUAUAUUUAUCAAAAGCAUCUCACCUGAUCAGUUUAUUACACAUAUAUCGUAUCCUGGCAGAACUAUCUUGGUCCCAAUAAUAAUAAUAAAAAUUGCAACAUAAACAACUCUUUGUUUCCUUGUUGGAUUCUUCCAGUUUUUGUGAAGAUUUUUGUUAUGGACUUUCGAACUGCCCAACUGGCUGAAGAUUUUUGUAAUUGACUUUGAACUGUAACAGUGAAGAUUUUUGCUUGUGUGGAACAUUGAGUUUUUCUGGACUACUUUACUGUGACCUCUGAGCGUUUUUUUUUUUUUUUUUGUCUUUUUGAGAACUGCUGUUUUCUGGAUCCUCUGAACUUUACCU